AGCAGCAGGUGAGGCACUACGAGCAACAGCCGAGUGCCAACCGCAGCUGCGUGGGAAACAGCAGCCGCUCCAGGCUCGGCACAUCUGCCCUUUUCUAAUCUCACAUCCAGCAUUGUACUGUCCUGUUGUUGUUGCUCUCUUGCAAUCAAAUCCAUUGGUCUGUUGAUAGGUGAGGAUGCUUCCUGCACACGCUUCUCCAGUGGGUGGACCUUUUGGAAACGAGAAGAUCUCUGAAAAGUAAAAAACGAUGUCCUCAUGGCAUGGCAUUGGAGAGCUUUCUCUACAGAGCCAUCUAGAUUGCUUUGGGCAGGUACUGGGACCCUGUGGAAACUAAGCUGGUGUUAUAAUGCUCUGUAGAAAGAAGAAGUUUGUAGAGGAGAAGCGGAGAGUGAAAGCCAAUAAUCGUGAAUAUAAUGAGAAAUUUCAGUACGCAAACAAUCGCAUCCAAACAUCCAAGUACAACAUUCUGACCUUUUUGCCCAUCAACUUGUUUGAGCAGUUCAAGCGGGUUGCCAAUGCCUACUUCGUGUUCCUCCUGAUUUUACAGUUGAUUCCAGAUGUAUCCUCUUUAUCAUGGUUUGCUACCAUUGUUCCUUUAGCGCUGGUUUUAACCAUUACAGCUGCCAAAGAUGCCACAGACGACUACUUUCGCCACAAAAGUGACAACCAGGUGAACAACCGGCAGGCUGAAGUACUCAUUGAUGGCAAAUUGCAGAAAGAAAAAUGGAUGAAUGUGAGAGCUGGAGACAUCAUUAAAUUGGAAAAUGACCAGUUUGUGGUGGCUGAUCUGUUACUCCUUUCUAGCAGUGAACCACAUGGACUAUGUUACAUCGAGACCGCAGAGCUUGAUGGCGAAACCAACCUAAAAGUGCGACAGGCUUUACCCGUGACCUCAGAACUUGGAGAUGACAUUACCAGGCUUGCAGAAUUUGAUGGAGAAGUUGAGUGUGAACCUCCUAAUGGAAAACUGAAUAGAUACGCAGGAGUUCUUUCCUGGGAUGUGAACAAAUACUGCCUUAAUAAUGAAAUGCUGCUGUUACGAGGUUGUAUGUUGAGAAACACUGAGUGGUGCUUCGGAAUGGUUAUUUUUGCAGGCCCUGACACCAAGUUAAUGCAGAACAGUGGCAAAACUGAAUUGAAACGAACAAGCAUUGAUCGCCUGAUGAAUACUUUGGUAUUGUGGAUCUUUGGACUAUUAGUAUUCAUGGGAAUCAUUCUGGCAAUAGGAAAUUCAAUUUGGGAGCAUCAGAUUGGAAUCCAUUUCAGAAUUUACCUGUCUUGGAGUGCAGUGGUGAAAAGUCCUAUAUUUUCAGGAUUUCUGACGUUUUGGUCAUACGUUAUCAUACUAAAUUCGGUUGUACCCAUUUCCUUAUAUGUAAGUGUGGAAGUGAUUCGGCUUGGACAUAGCUACUUCGUCAACUGGGAUAAUAAAAUGUAUUAUUCCAAAGAAAACACACCCGCUGAAGUUCGGACCACAACUCUCAGCGAAGAACUGGGGCAGAUUGAAUACAUUUUUUCAGACAAAACAGGGACCCUCACUCAAAACAUAAUGACUUUUAAUAAGUGCUCUAUCAAUGGGAAAGUAUAUGGUGCAGUCGGCCAGAAAACACUAAUCGAUGAGAAGAAAACGCCUGUGGAUUUCUCGUUCAAUCGGCUAGCCGACAGAAAAUUUCACUUUUAUGACCACAGCCUAGUUGAAUCCAUUACAAUGGGAGACCCAGAAGUCCAUGAAUUCUUUAGGCUGCUUUCUCUCUGCCAUACAGUCAUGUCUGAAGAGAAAACCCCAGAUGAAUUGAUUUACCAAGCACAAUCGCCAGACGAAGGCGCUCUGGUGACGGCUGCCAGGAACUUUGGCUUCAUCUUCAAGUCUCGAACGCCUAAGACCAUCACAGUGGAAGAAAUGGGCAAAGUUGUCACUUACCAGCUGCUGGCAAUUUUGGAUUUCAAUAACACCAGGAAAAGGAUGUCUGUGAUAGUUCAAAACCCUGAUGGACAGAUAAAGCUUUACUCAAAGGGAGCAGAUACUAUUUUAUAUGAAAGGCUUCAUCCAUCUAGCAAAGCUCUCAUGUCUUUAAUGUCAGACCAUCUUGCGGAGUUUGCUGGAGAAGGCCUUCGGACUUUAGUUCUGGCUUACAAAAAUGUGGAAGAAGAGCAAUUUCAGGAGUGGCUUGAAGUUUAUCAGAAGGCCAGCAGUUUGCAAGAUAAUAGGGAUGAACUGCUCACUUCGGCAUAUGAAAGCAUUGAGAGAGACCUGAAGCUAUUGGGAGCCACAGCUAUAGAAGAUAAAUUGCAAGAAGGAGUUUCAGAAACCAUUGAACGCUUAUCGCUAGCAAACAUUAAGAUCUGGGUACUAACAGGAGACAAACAAGAAACGGCCAUGAACAUUGGUUAUUCCUGCAACAUGCUUACUGAUGCCAUGGAUGAGAUUUUCAUAGUAGAGGGUCACACAAAAGCAGAAGUAUGUGAAGAACUAAGGAAAGCACAAGAUCUUAUUUUGGGGCUGAGCAAGGACAUUUCUGAUGGACGUGCUUAUGAUGAAAAGCUCCAAGAAUCAACACAAAACUUGGAAGGAACUGUCGCUUCUGAUUAUGCCUUAGUAAUAAAUGGACAUAGCCUUGCUCAUGCACUUGAGGCUGAUCUGGAAAAUGAGUUCGUGGAAGUUGCGUGUGCUUGUAAAACUGUGAUCUGCUGCAGAGUCACUCCCUUGCAGAAAGCGCAGGUUGUGGAGCUGGUUAAAAAGCACAAGAAAGCCAUCACCUUGGCCAUAGGAGAUGGAGCCAACGAUAUUGGCAUGAUAAAAAGUGCCCAUAUAGGUGUUGGCAUCAGUGGCCAGGAAGGCAGUCAGGCCAUUCUGAACAGUGAUUAUUCUUUUGCUCAGUUCAGAUACCUUCAAAGACUCUUGCUUGUUCAUGGCAGGUGGUCAUACUUCCGGAUGUGCAAGUUCUUGUGUUACUUCUUCUACAAAAACGUUGCCUUCACUCUGGUCCAUUUCUGGUUUGGCUUCUUCUGUGGCUUUUCAGCCCAGACUGUUUAUGACCAGUGGUUUAUCACCCUCUUCAACAUUGUAUAUACUUCUCUGCCUGUACUAGCAAUGGGAUUGUUUGAUCAGGAUGUCGAUGAGCAGAGCUGCCUCCAUUUCCCAAAGCUGUAUGAACCUGGGCAAUUAAAUCUCUUGUUCAACAAGCGCAGAUUUUUCAUCUGCAUAGCACAUGGAAUCUACACGUCGGUUGUUCUUUUCUUCAUCCCCUAUGGUGCUUUUUAUGAUGCAGUUGGAGAAGAUGGGAACCAUAUUGCCGACUACCAGUCUUUCGCAGUCACAGUCGCAACCUCUUUGAUCAUAGUGGUCAGUGUUCAGAUUGCACUCGAUACCAGCUAUUGGACAGGAAUCAAUCACUUCUUCAUCUGGGGUAGCAUCGCUGUGUAUUUUGCCAUUUUGUUUGCAAUGCACAGUGAUGGCAUUUUUUAUUUAUUUCCCAACCACUUCCCUUUUGUAGGAAAUGCUUGGAACUCCUUGGAGCAGAUAAAUGUUUGGCUCAUCAUUCUCUUGACCACUGUAGCUUCCGUUGCACCUGUGAUAGCGUUUCGUUUUCUGAAGGUGGAUUUGAACCCAACAUUGAGUGAUCAGGUACAUAUUUUGAACAGGGCUCAGAAGAAACAGAGUCCAUUACCGGUCCAGAUUCACCAAACGCACAGAGCUAGCUCGCGGAGAUCGGCUUAUGCCUUUUCUCACCAAGAAGGCUUUGGGGAACUUAUAACAUCUGGAAAGAAUAUGCGUGUCAAUAAUAUACAUUCAGUAUUUGGGAUAGGAAAAACUAUGCAGAAUAGCUGGAUUGAGAACUUGCGCAAGAGAACAUCGGAGUGUGAAAUUCAGCUGAGAAAGAACUGUAAGACUAUAAAUCAUUGAGUAUGUGGAACAAAAGAGUGUGCUAUUGUUGCACAGAAUACUUACACUCUAUUUAUCUACUUGCAUUGGCGUGCUUUCAGACAGCUAGGUUGACAGGAGCUGGGACAGAGCAACAGGAGCUCACUCCGUUGUGGGAUUUGAACCACUGACCUUCUGAUCAGCAAGCCCAAGAGGCUCAGUGGUUUAGACGACAGCGCCACCCACGUCCCUACAUAAGAGGCAAAAUGGUUUCAGGUCCCGAAGCCUGCUUGCAAGGUGUUGCUAAGAUAAAAGUUCCUUCCACCUUCAUUUUAGCAGGGGAUUCCAAGGAAAAUCUCUUCCUGAAUUAGGAGGGGUCUGCAUCGAAUCCUGAUGAACAGAGCAGGAUUUAACUCAUGCACUCAUCCUCUCACUCAGUUUGACUGUACACCCCUGAUGGUGUAACAGGCACAGGCAGCCAACAUGGCUUUUAAAGAGAGAGGUGAAUAAAUAAAUAAAAUAUACUGUGACUGGGAAUAGAUUCCGUUUUCAGCAUCCCAUUUGAAGUUGAGACCUUCUGCUGGCAAGGCGGGUGCUGUGCCACUGACCUAAUACUUUGGUGUGGUGUUUUUUUUCCCCAGAGGGUUGGUGGGGAUAUGAGAGAGGUACCAUAUAUGGGGAUCUACACCCAUAUUCCUAUUACUUCUGAUUACUAAAUAUUGCAAGUUUUCAUUAUGCUUCAAAAACCUGCCAAAUCUAUUCCACCACAAUAUGCACAUACAUUUUCCUUCUUUUGCUGUUGCAUCUGCCUAUCCGUACCAGAUUCAACUUGCUUUAAAACAACCCUCUGUCUCUAACCCUUGGCUGUAAACAAGCUACAGCACAGAUUGAAGGCGGUGAAUGUCCUGUGUGAGUGUCUGGAGGUGGUUGGAGGAUGGAUGGCGGCUAACGGAUUGAGGUUGAAUCCUGAGAAGACAGAAGUACUCUUUUGGGGGGACAGGGGGAAGGCAGGUGGGGGGCAUGCCCUGGUCCUGAAUGGAGCAACUGUGCCCCUGAAGGACCAGGUGUGCAGCCUGGGCGUCAUUUUGGACUCACAGCUGUCUAUGGAGGUGCAGGUCAAUUCUGUGUCCAGGGCAGCUGUUUACCAGCUCCAUCUGGUACGCAGGCUGAGAUCCUACCUGCCCACAGACUGUCUCGCCAGAGUGGUGCAUGCUCUAGUUAUCUCCCGCUUAGACUACUGCAGUAGUCUACAUGGGACUACCUUUGAAGGUGACCCGAAAACUACAACUAAUUCAGAGUGCGGCAGCUAGACUGGUGACUGGGAGUGGCCGCUCAGACCAUAUAACACCGGUCCUGAAAGACCUACAUUGGCUCCCAGUACGUUUCCGAGCACAAUUCAAAGCGUUGGUGCUGACCUUUAAAGCCCUAAACCAGGGGUCCCCAGACUACGGCCCCCAGGCCGGAUGCGGCCCAAUUGGCCUCCCAAUCCGGCCCGCGACGACCCCCGCCGCCCGCUCUUACGGCGCGCGGCGCGGCGGCGAUCUUCAAAGUCAGCAAAAAAUCGCCGAAAA